AUGUCCUCGGCCAAGACAACGACAACGGCCAGCGCCUCCGAGGUCGCGGCCGUCGACACCAAGCUCAAGAUCUUACUACACCCCAUUCCGGUCUACGACUCGCCUCUGGCCAAGGGCGUCUCCCUGGGCCGCGUCGCGGUGCUGCUGAGCCUACUGGCGUGGCAAAUGGACAACCUCGUCGCAGAUCCCGCGUCGGCGCUGCGAAGGGCGCUCCCGGUGGUGGCCGCCAUCCAGGCCGUCUAUGCGGCGCUGUGCAUCCCUCCGGCCGGAUCGUCGCUGAGCAAGACGGGCAAGAAGCCACGGCCGGGCGAGAAGCUCAAGAAGAAUGACGGGGGUGCCAAUCCCAUUACUAGCGCCAUCAUCGCCCUCGCACUCUCGACACUGACGAUCCCGGCCCUGUACGCGCUCCUCGUCCUCUUUGGCGCGCCGUUCCUCGAGCACACGGCGGGGACGUUGCUCUGCGCGGCGCACUUUGCGCUGCUGGCCGUCUUCCCGCUGGUGUACGCGCGCGGGCUGGACCGGCCGGCGCUCGUCGCGGUGGCGGGCGCCGCAGCGCCGCUCGACGAGACGUUUGGCGGGCUGGCCGGGCCUGCGGUCAAGGCUGAUUAG